AUGGGGCCGUUCCUCUCUGCUCGACCAUCGCAUUCCGUGACGGCCGAGCAUGAUUAUGUGAACCCUUGGCUGGCCAGCUAUUUGGGACAGCGAGCAGCCUUUGAGGUUCAGAUGAGCUUUUGUGGUCUCGCGACCACUCUUCGUCUUGAUCCGCGAGAACCCCGACGACACCUCAGAGUCACCUGGAGCCAAAGCGGUCGCCGCUCUUCGUGCUGUGACCCCGAUUUCGGCGCAUUCUUGCGAGCUGGCAACGGCGCGAGUCGUUCCCCCACAUGCCGGGAGACCCACUGCCACAUGGACAACGGCAGGCCAGGGACCGACAUUGUGGGAGGCGACGAGGUCGUUGGCUGCUUGCGGUUUUCGAGCCGUGUCGUGAGGCCAGCCUCUCUGAGUGACACUGUACAGAAGACCGUAGGACCUUCGUUGUACAAUACGGUAUCGUAUGCAGGUAAGCUCCGAGGUGAUGUGAUUACUUGCAAACGGGUGACUUUUGGCGAUACUGAAUGCUUUGAAGUGCCCUCUUCCCAGAGCAUUGGCUCUGCCCUGGGGCCUACCAAGCCCGAGGGAAUCAGCAGGCGCCAAGCCUCUCAGACGGUACUCGGUCAGGCGCAUUUGCCUUACCCUUUUGAUGCGUUCAAGGUCGGUUCCGCGUCGAGCCUUGCGCAUUCUUCCAGCGUGCCCCGUCGCCAGCCAAUCAAUCUCCCGGGCGACUGCCCUCCGGGUCUGCUUGGAGGUUUCGGUCCUCCGCGGCCCUCCGCCAUUGCACACAUGCGGGCCCAGGCGAUUCAACUGUCGCCACAGGAGCUCACGGUGUUCCCUUUGUCUGAGGUGCCGAUUGGACAGCUGAAAAUUCUGGCCACAGCUGCCAACACCGGCCGGGGCCUCCGUCGCUACACGUGCCUGGAAAGACAAUUCCAUGUCAUGACCCGCCGUGCGGCGGACGAUUGGUCUUUGACAGACUACUUUGCUGAUGCUAUCGGCGCCAGCCCAGAGACAGUGCGGAGCGCCAGAUUGUUGGAUCCGUCCAUGCCCAACCUGCAAGAGCCACAGAUUGUCACCACGGCAAUGGCACUCCCCGCUGAUCAGGUCAUUGCCUCCGUCGUCCAGGCCUGUGGAGUCCCUCCGGACUCCGUCGUCCGGGCUGCUCAGCUCAAUGCUCUUUUCCUUCAGGACGCACGGGGCAGAGUCUGGAAUGUCAUGCCUGCACAGGUCGAGGAAAUGCAGUGGCUAGUGCUCAAGGUCGACCUUGCCCGCCACCCAUACCUGACUCCACAAGCUGCGGUUGGAACUACGGCCACCACUACAGCCAUGAGAGCUAACCAUGAUGGCCCUACCACGGUCACGUUCAUCAUGUCAGGCUGUGGCACUACCGUCCGACUGCAGCCUCAAAUAUUGGCACAGACAGAUGUACAGGCCUCGGUCAUGUCCUUAGUGCAGGCUCUGGCCAUCCAGGGCCGUAUACCUGAGGGAGCGCAACUGCAACUCACCGGCGCUUUCCCGAGGUCGCGCACUGCCAACGAAUACAUUGUGUCGUUGAUCUGCUUUCCUCCAGACGGUGAUGUGCAUAUAGCCUACGACCCCUCCAACGGAGGUUCGUAUUUCCAGGCUAUGACGGUUAAUCCAGGCACCAUGCCGGAAGAUAUGGUCAUGCCGGCCCAGAGAGAGAGGGGACUUUCGGUCCUUAUCAAUGGCAUCCCUCAGGCUGCACAAAAUCGGCCUCUAUGCAAUGGGGAUCUGGUUCAACUGGUGCGUGACCCCUGUAGCCACUCGGUCGUCCCAAUCACCUUCCUGUUGAGGGAGCUUAAUCGGCUAAGAUUCCUCUCGAUACCCAUGCGCAUGCCUCGGCUCCAGCGCCCUUCUGCGCACUUUUCUGAGUGGCAAGCUCAGGCUGCGACUGGUCUGCAGCUCUUCUACGAGGCUAGAUUUGCCGAACGUAAGGCCACCAUGGGCAUGCCUGACGCGCAGCAUCAGCCAAUCUAUUUGUUGGGCCCCAACCACGUGCCCAUCUUUGUCCAGAUUCCGGGUAUGUCGUGCCCUAGUCUGAGGCAGGCUCAAAAUGAGGUACAUGAUCUGGGCCUCUUUGACGACAGCACGGCGCUUGCCGACACUUUUGAGCUGCUGUUCACCAUUCCGGUCUUUGUCACGGUUCCCGAGUGUGUGUCGUAUGCCACAUUGUUGACGCCUGCGCCUGGGUUCCCGAUGGAUUUCCUCAGCUUUUCCGUCACCCGAGGGAGACCAGCUAGUGGGCUUCGGCUGCCGGUUGAUAGUGGGUUUUACCUACUCAUGCCAGAGACUGCCAUCGACGGGGCCAUUGCGGAAAGGCGCCGUGGCAACUUGGACAGUCUCCCGCCAGGCGCUCCCCGGACGGUGGCCUAUCGAGGCCGUUCGGCACCUUCAUCCAGUGAGCAAGCGCCUCAGUUUGCAGACGGCACAAGCCUGGUCCAGACGAACUGGCCCAAAGUCAAACGGCGUCAAGUCAUUUUUGACAGGGCUGAGCACGACAAGACUCACGCUGAGACGCAACCUGCGGCUGCUCAGCGUGCUUCAAUCCCUACCCCUCUGGGGAGGCGACACAUACUUGAAUGCAGCCAGGCCGCGAUCGGGGCGCAGCAUCCGGCUUGCCGUCCAAUAUCGCUCAGUUCUGCCAUUCCUGAAGUCCAGGAUUCUGAGCCGGGUCUCCUACUGGGGAUAAACUGGGAGAUUUUCGACUCGGUGUUCUCCCCGUUCUGCUUGGAUCGCGCACACCAAACCUGGCAGGACUGUCCUUUUGUUGAAGAUGGAGCUAGGAAGUUUGUUCAGCGACUCCCCACGUGGCGGCCGGGGACACCAUUUCAAGCGUUGCACUUGUUUGUCGAUGGCUCCUUCUUUGAGGCCAAUAGUGCGGAUCAGGAAGAUAAAGCAGGAUGGUCGAUUUGUGCCAUUGUCUGUGUCAAUGAGGUCUGGCAUUGGGCGGGUUUCUUUGCGGCCUCUUGUUGCCCGCAGGGCGACGACGCUUCUCUUGGCCUUCCUGUCAGCUCGGCCUUCCAAGCCGAAUUGUCCGCCACGGUGUUUGCCUUAGCGGUCUGCGUCGCCAACCCCGUCCCUUCUGCAAUCGGAUUUGACUGCCAGUCGGCAGGAGCUGUUGCUGCGCUGCAAGCGAGCUCUAAGGACAACGGCGCGCUCGUGCAGGCGGCAGGAGAUCUGCAAGCCAUCUUGCGCCUGACAGGACACAGUCCAGCGCUCUAUCACAUCCGCUCACACGAGGGCCAUCCUUUCAAUUGCCUGGCAGAUGGACUUGCCAAAUGGAUGGCGCAGCAACCGAACGCGACCGCCGCGUCAAUUGGUUCGCUGGCUGAGGCUAGCAAGGAGGGGGUUUUGUCUUGGCUAUGGGCGCUCUUUGCUCCCAGGGGUAGCCUGCCUCCCAUUCAGCACUCAGGUAAAAUCUGCGACCAUGCUCCAGAUCGGCAGACCCCUUCCCUGACUGAGGCCCUGGCCCCCUUCAAACCGUCGCCGCGUCGCAGCCGCGAGCUGGCCUUUAAGGCGAUGACUUUCAAUUGUCUGACGGCUGCGUCGACCGCUCAACAAGAAAGCAUUGACAUGCAGCUAGCCCGAAAAGGCAUCUCGGUUGCCAUGAUCCAAGAAACUCGGUCCAACUGGGCGGGCCGCAAACAGUCGGCCAACUACCACAUCCUGAGCGCACCCUCGUCUCAGGGAGUUGGCGGUUGUCAGAUUUGGUUUGCUAAAAAGCAGUGCAUCAAAGGUGACCAGGAAGCGCUACACGGCUGGGAUCCCCUCGGUUUUAGUAUCGUGCAUGCCUCUGAGAGCAUGCUGUUGGGUCUAGCUUCUGUUGGGGGACACAAGUUUUUAUUCAUUUCGGCGCAUGCGCCGGUGAAUAAAGCACCGGCAGCGGUUAAGCACAAGUGGUGGCAAAGCCUGAGCUCUGCGUUGCGGCGGGCACCGCCGAACUGCACUCCAGUCAUGGGCAUCGAUGCCAAUGCUCAGCUUGCACAUGCAGACCCCUCCGACUGCCAGAAUAAUUGCCACUUCUUUGUGGAUUGCUUGCGAGCUCAUGGAAUGUCGCAUACUCCGUUCCAUGAUGCCAAAGGACGCCCUCUCACCACGUGGACGAGUCCGACCGGACUCCGUGUGUGCAUCGAUUACAUUUGUGCUCCCUCUCCCCUCGGCAGCUCGCUGCUUUCUGCAAGGGUCUGGGAGGACUUUGUAGGGCAAGUAGAUCACGACCACAAGCCGGUGAUAGUCGAUGUGCAUGUCCGCUGCGAAGCCCAGGAUCCCAACCAGGUGCGUCGAUGUGACUAUGACUUUCUGCGCUCGAGCGAAGGGCGCCACACCUUGCAGGCGCUUUACCGCAGCUUGCCAGUUGUUCCUUGGAACGUCGAUGUUGACACCCAUUUGGACACCAUCAACACGCAUCUUCGUGAGGGUCUUCGGCAGUUGUGCCCCUCCAGGGCUGACAAACCCCGAAGUCGGAUCACUUCGGAUGUGGCAUGGGAGCUCAUCAGGCACAGGCGCAGCCUCAAACGAACACUUUUCCAGCAGCGCGCUCAAGAGGCCAGCAGACUACUGGGGGUCUUCUUCGAAGCGUGGAAGGGCCAGGAACAAGCCCGGCUACAUGCAAAAAAGCUCCACGACCAGCACAUUGCUUUUGUCGCUAGGCAGGUUCAGGACCUUAACAAGCGCAUCCGGCAACGUGCAGCCUUUGACUCUGCGGCUGCUGCCAAGACUGCCUUCAACGAGGCAAGGCACAAGGGUCCGGAGGCCCUGGCUUCCCUCAUGCGCCAAAUUCUGAAGUCGGGGCGUCGCUACAAGCCGCCCAAGCUAGUUCCUGUGCUUAAGGAUGAAUUUGGGGUUGCUAGGCCCGACCCUGAGUCCGACUUGGCCGAGCAUUUUGCACAGGCCGAAAGAGCCACUGCAUGUGACCCUAGCUGCGUUCGCCUACAUCCCCCGGCGACUUUGCAACACAGCAUUGAGGCUUGCAGGGAGACAUCAGUCUCAGCAUUGACUAACUCUUUCAGUCAACUUGCUGACCACAAAGCUGCUGGGCUUUGUGGUCUGCCCUCCGAAGUUUUCCGCCAUGACGCACUUGGGGCCGGACUCGCAUUCGGACCUUUGGCCCUUAAAAUGUGCAUGCGCAAACAGACUCCAUCCCUAUGGAGAGGCGGAGUCAUGGUUUCAGUGCCCAAACCGGGCAAGUGUCCAUUUUCCACAAGCGGUUGGCGCGCAAUCCUGUUGAUGGAAUCAAGUGCCAAGGGCGUACAUGGCGCUUUGCGUUCGGCUGUCAUUGGUGGAUACAAACGCAUCCGUGAGGAGGCACAGGGCGGAAGCCUCCCGGGGCAACCGCUCCAAGUUGCCAUGGCAGUGGUUCGCGGCUACGUCAGACACUUGCGUAGCACCUCAGCUUGCGGAGGAGUGCUCUUCCUUGAUGGCGCUUCGGCGUUCUAUUCUACGCUUCGUGAAUCACUGUUUGGAACAGAGCACAUGCACGAUGAGGCUUCCAUCCAUGAGCUGGCCUGCCAGGUUUUCCCUGAUGAAGAUGACAGAUUGGAGUUUGUUGCGCUACUCCUUGCGCCCGGCCUCUUUGAAGCCACAGGCAUUGCCGAACCAGCCAGGCGUAUCCUCACUUCCACUCUGCAUCGCACCUUCUUUGUUUAUGGCAAGGACUUCAAUAGGGUUUUCCAGACGAGGAGCGGGACGGUCCCUGGGGCCCCGCUAGCAGAUGUCUGCUUUCAGCUGGCCUUCUCUAAGGUUUUAGCUCAGGUGCGUCAGGUGCUGUGCGAAGCCGAUCUUGACGUUCGGCUGGUGUCGCACGUUUCCCGCGGCCCGGUUGUCCCUGCCACGUCCUGGAUGGAUGACCUUGCCAUCCCCGUCAAGGCGACUCAACCUUCUCUCUUGGUAGAUGCAGCCAGGCAGGUACUGCACACCACAGAUGAGGCCAUUGCCCGUAUUGGGGUUUCCCUCAAUUUUGGGGUCGGUAAGACGGAGUUCCUCCCCAUACUGUGUGGACCUGGGAGUCGCCAAGCCCGGGAAGAGCUGCUGGGUCGCACUGGUGGGGCCUUUCAGAUCACUUUGAGGGGAUUGCCUUCCUCGGUGACUCUCCCUCGCUCUUACAUCCAUUUGGGCUCUGUCAUUGACGCCACCGCCUCUGAUGUCCCUGACAUCAAGCGUCGAGCAGCUCUUGCUCGUGAGCUGGCAGUGUCGCUCCGCAAGCUUCUGCACAAUCCCCACCUCACUCUCCCUGAGAAAUCCAACCUCGUGGCGUCGAUGCCUCUUGCGCGACUCCGGCACGGGGCGGGCUUUUGGAUUCUCGAUGGCGAUCAGUCCCGAUCUGCAUUCCACUCUGCCUAUAUGUGCAUUUUGCGCAUGACUUUUCGUCAAAUCACAGGAGUGACCUCCAAAGGCCGGACGGAUCAUGAAGUUUGUUGGGGACUUCAUUUGCUGCACCCUGAGGAGGCUAGGGCAGUUGAUGUCAUUCGGCACGCUGGGUGGAUGAUACAGGCUAAAUUGGCUGCCAUCACUGCCCUUUGGCUUGAACCCGGGGCCUGGAAGACGGAAUGUCUCAAGGCGCUCGCAAUCCUCUCACCUGUGUUGCCAGGCACCCCAACUCCGACUGCACUCUGGGAUCUUCUCUUUCAACAGCCACAGCUGGCCAAGCGCUGGGCAAAAAGACUCACGAAGGUUUGUCGGAAGCGCAAUGCCGCGCUCGGUGACGAGCUCCUGCCACGAUGGCGAGAGCAGCAGGAGGCUUGUCGGGCCGGGUGGAUUUUCUGCCGGCUACCCGACACCUCCGAGAGCCUUCUCGGGGAACAUGAGUGCCGCAUCUGCCACCGGGCAUUCCGCUCGUUGGCUGUUUUGGCCUCUCAUGCAAGCAAGGUGCAUGACAUGACAGCAGAGUCGGCACUCGCCACCUGCGGUACCCGCUGCGAAGUAUGCCAAAAGGAAUUUUGGAGCACUCGCAGACUCCAUCAACACAUGCGCCAGAACCCGGUUUGCCGUCAGGUGACGAUCCAUGCCGAUCUUGAACCCGCGGCACUUCAGGGCGAACCAGGCGGGGCGUGGCUGCCCGCCAUGGUCGUGCAAGGCCCACAGCCCUUCUGGGCGACCUUGAGGCCUUCGGAUUCAGGCCCGCAGCAGGUCGUUACUCAGCGGUCUGGCUGGGAACACGUGUUGGGCCUACUUCAUGGCAAGCGCUCCGGGGAGGAAGCCUUCUUGGCUGAAUCUUUCGUUGAGUUGGCGACGAAAUUCCACCUUACCGCAGAAGACCGCCCGCUUGCCACGCUUGGCUGUCCCUCGAGCGACCUGCUAUACGUAGUUUUGGUCGCAGUACAGCUCAAGCGACAGGGUUUUUCAGGGUCACUUCGGGGCAAGCUCUGGAAGGGAGCGGUCCGAGGUGAUCGUGCAGUUUUUUGCCCCUUAGGGGCCGAGCCAAAGUACACUGUGCCAGCUGACUGGCAAGAGUGUCUUGGCAUGAUUUGA